CUGACAGCCCGCCCCUUCCAGCCCAUGGAGGGGGGCCCGAUGAUCUUGACCUGUGAGAUGUGGCUCCCUCCUCGGAAGCCAGAUGUCCAGAUCCAAUUCUGCUUCUUCAGAGAUGUGCAGAUGCUGGGCUCAGGCUGCAAGUCCUCCCCAGAGCUCCGGAUCACAACUGUAUGGAACAAAGACUCAGGGUCCUACUGGUGCCAGGCACAGAUAGUAACUCUCAGCCUCACAAAAACCAGCCUGAUGUCUCAGAUACAUGUACAGAGAGUCCCUGUCUCUGAUGUGAGCUUGGAGACCCAGCCCCCAGGAGGACAGGUGAUGGAGGGAGACAAGCUGGUCCUAAUCUGUUCAGUUGCUAGUGGCACUGGAGACAUCACCUUCUUUUGGUACAGAGGUGCUCUGGGUUCAAACCUGGAAACAAAGACCCAGCGUUCACUGACAGCAGAAUUUGAGAUCGCUUUGGUGCAGCAGAAGGAUGCUGAACAAUACUACUGUGCAGCAGACAAUGGCCACGGCCCCAGCCUCAGUGGGCUGAUAAGCAUCACUGUCAGAAGUCCAGUGUCCCGUCCUGUCCUUACCUUCAGGACCCCCAGGGCCCAGACUGUGGUGGGGGAUGUGGUAGAACUUCACUGUGAGGCCCCGAGAGGCUCUCCUCCAAUCCUGUACCAGCUUUAUCAAGAGGAUGUCAUCCUGGGGAACAGCUUGGCCCCCUCUGGAGGAGGAGUGUCUUUCAACCUCUCCCUGACUACAGAACAUUCUGGAAACUACUCCUGUGAGGCUGACAAUGGCCGCCCUGCCCAGCGCAGUGAGGUUGUAACACUCAACGUCACAGUGCCUAUUGGGGAAGCGAGCAAUCAUCUUACUUCAGGCAUCAAUGGACGGCUCCUUGGAGGCCUCGGUCCCGUCAUUUUUAUGGCCCUGCCAUUUGGUUAUUGGCUCAAGAGAAAAAUAGGAAGACGCUCAGCUGGGGAUCCACUCAGGAGCCCUGCUAGCCCUGUACCCCAACAAUCUAACUACCGCAACUCACCUGAUUCAGCGCAGCUACAGACUUUUUAUGAAAAUGUGAAUGCUGUAAGUGGGGAUAAGGUUUAUUCACUGGUAUACCACAACCAGCAGGAGCGGGACCCGGUAGCAGUUGAACGCAUGGAGACACAUGUGGAGAAUAAGGUCUCCUCAGACAUCUAUUCCAGGCUGAGAAGGGCAGAUAUCACAGAUGUGGACUAUGAGGAUGCUAUGUGA